AUGAGCAGCAGGCCGGGCAGGGAUCUGAGGGCUCCUCACUGUCCCGGGCCCAGCAUCGGCCGCCGUCCAGGCGUCCGCGCCGCUCCCAGGGGUUCGGUCCUCCGGCCACGCCCCAGAGUCUGCCCGCGAGGGCCGCCCCACUCACCCGCCCAGCCUCAGCUUCCCGCGCAGGCGCACCCUCCUCUCCAGCCCCACUGCCAAAAACGGCGCGUUUCUGGUUCCCCGGCGACGGCUGGCGUCACUUCCGGUGUCGUUGCUAAGCAACCGCACGGUUUGGGAAACACUAGGCCGGCUAGAGUCAGCCUCACUCGGCGCCAGGGUCGUCUUUCCGCGUCAAAUAGUGCCAUGGGGACCUCGUCAGGGAUGCUGGUGCGAUUUAGACGGCGCUGUGGACGGGCGACGGAAAGCACGGGAAUAACUAAGAAGAACUUUGAAGAAGAUCAAACUCCCUAUCCACCUCUUCUACCUAGCAAAGUAGAUCUACAGCAGGUCACCAUAAUUCCACACAAUGAAUGGAAAAGAAUUCAAGAUAGCCUGGACAGUUUGACAAGAAAAGCAGCAUGCCUUCGUGCAGAAAGAAAGGCAAAGAAAGAAAUGCAUUUACGAUCCCAAGAAGUGGUGAAGCAUUGGACUAAUACAUAUGCAGGCAUGAAAGAACAGAAACUUGAAGCCAAAAAGAAACGUGAAGAAGAAAUAGAAGCAGAAAGACAAAUUCUUGAUGUGGAAGAAGCAAUAUACAAACAAGGAGAAAGAAAAAAGGCCAUUGAACAUGCAAAGCAAUAUCAAUUUUACCAGACAGAAAGAGUGAAGAAUUUUCACUCAGGACUUCUUCUUAGUAGAGUUAUGAAAGAACGGGAUGCCCAGAUUGAGUUCCAAAAGAGUAAGAUAAAAUCAGAUAAAAAAUGGGAGGAACAAUUGAAACUCAAUAUUGAGAAAGCUUUUAAAGAAGAACAAGUAAAAGUAGAAAAACGACACAGAGAAAGAGUGGCCCUUGCCAAAGAUCAUCUAAAACAAAUAAAGGAACAUGAAGAGGAAGAAGAAAGAAGAAAAAAACAUGAAGAAAAAGAUGCUGAGGAAAUAAAGCGACAGAAUUUAUUAUAUGAAAUAGAAAUGAGAAAAAAACUAGAAAAGAAAAGAGAAGAGAUACAUGAGAACAGGAGACUAUUUUUUGAACAUAUGCAUGAUAAAAAUGUCAUCAAAGCCGUAGAACAGCAGCAGCAAGAGGAGGAAGAUGAAAAGAUUAGAAAAUUUAUCAAAGCAAAAAAGCGUCUUACACAAAUAAGGAAAGAAAAAGAAUCUGAAACACGCAGGCUAAUGGAGGAACGGAGAGAAAGAAUAAAUAAUUUCCUGAGUGAACUAAUGAAAGAGAAAUUUGACAAUGAAGAUUUGAUUAUUGCUAGAGAUAUUGCAGAAGCUGAGGCUCAAUGGGAAAAAAGAGAAAAAGAAAAAUAUGAAAAAAACAAAGCUGAAUUAAAAGCGAUUGCAGAAUAUAGAGCCAAUGUGAUGAAAAAUAAAGAGGAAGAAGAAAGACAAAGAAAAAUAGAGGAUAAAGAACAAUUCCUGGCUAUCAGGAAAGCAGAUCAGGUUUUCCAAGAGCAUGAAAAAGAGAAAAAACACAAAGCUGAUAAAGAACACCAAGAGGUUCAAGAUGCCCAUAUUCAGCAAAUGGCCAAAAAUAAGUUGAAUGCAAAACAAGCAAAACAAGCAGAAUUAGAUUAUUGGAGACUUACUGAAGAACUUGUGGCUGAGAAGGAGAAAGAAUUUCAGGAUUAUGCCAGAGAAGUCAUUGAACUUGAAUCCAAAUCAACAAAUAAAUAUAUUUAUCCUCUUGUAAAAGCUGUACAGGAAGGAUCUGGAGGUGGACAUGGACCAGUUUCUGUGGGCAGAGGUGGAUUAAGGCCCAGCUAUCAGGCAAAUGAUAUUACUGGAGUCCAGCUCCCUUUUUAUAACUCUCAAAGAUCAAAAUAUAAUAAUUUUCAAAAGUCUAAGGGAAGGCUAGGUUUUACACGGUAG